CUGAGGCAAGUAUAGUGGGAGUACAGAGAGAGGAGAGACCGAGUGCACAGGACGGAUACUGCUCAUAUUCACAGUUUGGACAAGUUUGGGACGGUGCUGGACUUUUGCGGAAACGCAACAGAAAGUGGAGAAACUUGUGCAGAGCAGACAAAGAGUAUUGAGCGAGCUGCCUGCAGAGACACACACAAACUUCCAACAUCUGGUCCACUGGAGGACGGGGCGAGCCGGAGAGAGAGAAAUUUUGGAGGCGGAGAGAAAAGUAUCUUCGCUGGAGAAAAAUGCAUUGAAUUUGGGAAGUUUGGUGGGCACCUACAUGAGCCGAAAAGAGAUUCGGUGGUCGUGUAAAGUUACAAGAGUGGAGGGAAAGAGGACGGGAAAGGUCUCUGAGGGCGAGAAGUCCACCUGGAGCGGUCAGAGAAUGAAUUAGCCCAAGUGUUUUGGCUGCAGCGCGUCCCAGCCAGAGAGAAGGCUCACUCCUUGGCCCCUCCACCUCCUCCCAUAAGAGCCAGGCCUACGCCCAUGGAUGAGGAGAGGAGUGCCCCUGCCAUCUCCCCAGAGCCACCAGAUGAUGGGGACCCCAGUUUACCAGCUCCACAACCCAGUUCGCACACAACCUCGACUGCAGAUACAGCAAACAGCUGCCCGAACCCAAAGCCCUGUCCUAGUCCAGAUGUGGCCCACACCUAUACUGAGCCCCUCAUAUUGAGGUUAAAUGGCACCCCAGAAAGGUUGCUAAGCGAUGAUGGAGACAAGUGGAGCAGCGGCCUCUUGCACACAGAGCUUACGACACCCAGCAAGAGUGUCACAUCUCAACCAUCAGCCAGAUCCACGCCCAUCCACCACACCCAGCCAUGUCGGACACAGCCCAGCAGCCAACUACGCAACGGAGCCAAGCACCAUGCGCACACACACUCCCCUCACACGCACUGUCCGCAUCACACACACACACCUCACACGCACGCCCUCCAGUCCAAUGGGGUCAGGAACGGGGGCCCUCAUGAGCAUCCUAAGCUGGGCUCCCUCCCCAGAGGCGGCUCAUCCACCUCCUCGUCCUCUUCGGCGGGACCCAAGCACACCAAGAAAUUGCAGUCCAACCCCUCCAUCACCUCCCAGAGCAGCAAGAGGAGCAAGAGCAGCUCCAAGAGCAACAGCUCCCAGAUUCCCACAGAAGCACAGGACGACUGCUGUGUCCACUGUAUUCUGGCCUGCCUCUUUUGUGAGUUCCUAACUCUGUGUAACAUUGUGCUGGACUGCGCCACCUGCGGCUCCUGUGCGGGUGACGACUCGUGUUUCUGCUGCUGCUGUGCUUCGGAGGAGUGUGGCGACUGUGACCUGCCCUGUGACAUGGACUGUGGCAUCAUCGACGCCUGCUGUGAGUCUGCAGACUGCCUGGAGAUCUGCAUGGAGUGCUGCAGCCUUUGCUUCUCCUCCUGAGGACCCCCGCCACCACCACAGGAGGCAAAGUAGACGUCUGCUACACUCUGCUCCCACAAGCCCAGGAACAACUUCGACCAGUGCCUUAUCAGAGCUGAGAAGUGUUCCACCCAGUCUUUGUUGCCCGGGCUCUGUGGUUUACACUAUAUGGCUGGCCUAGUUGGCUUCACAAUAUGUCCAAUGUUUCUUACAAGGUUUGCCAAGAAAAAGCUGCUGAAAGCAGUCACUGGUGAAUUCUUCCCUCCUUUAUUGAUCAAAUGAUGGGACAGUAACUUCCCCGCCUUGUCUUUGCUGUUGGUCCAUUGCUACACAGCUUGAUGUAUGGUGCGGAGUGAGUUCCAGCUGUGGUCCACGAGGCUGUGCAGACUGGGCCUCUGGACCCUCACAGAACAAGCUAUUAUUACAAUGGAGCCCCUUGUGUCGUCUGAAUGACUGGAGUUCUCCAAGCAUGAAAAAUGACCUCCAAAGGCAAAUGAGAAAAUGGCUCCAUUUAACCGGAUUUUAGUGUUUCUGAAGAUAAGAGCAGCAGCAUAAUGGGAAAAUGGACGCUCAGAUCUCAGUAGAAAUGUAGUCUGUCCUCCUGUCCUUGGCAAGGUUAAAGUCUUCCAGUUAGAUUGCUUACAGUGGCCUUUGUGACACACACACACACACACACACACACACACACACACACACCCUUAGCGGAGGAUGUUAAAUCCACUGCUGUCUUUGUCCUUGUUGCAAUGCACAAAAUAGAAAAAACAUUAAUGGUGGCUUGUGGCAAUAUUACAAACUUCUUUUGUCAAUAUGCAUCUCACUUAAUGGACUUAUUCAGAGAAGAAACAUGAUCGCGUCAUGCAUCAGCCUGAAGAUGGGUCCCAUUAAAUGAGUACUGUAAGUGAUGGACAUCAGAGCGAGUGGUUGAUAGCAUCGGUCAUGGACACGUUCUCUCCUCUAACAUGUGAAGGGAGAGAGUUCUUAAUCAAAAGUCUCUCCUCGUUUAAUGUUUCACAUCAUGGUGACUCGUACAUUGUUUGUUCGGAGGGUCUUCAGCUGUAUUCAGUGAUUUCCUCCUCAUCUGAAUGGUCAGAACUGGCAAGGGACUGGUAGAGGAUUGGAAGGCAUCAUCUCUUUUUUUUAAAUACAUUUCAUUUUUCUUUGUCGUUCUUGCUAUGUGAACAAAUGGCCUUGGCUUAGCUUAAGGCCUGAAUUUUCAAGUAGAUUCCUCGCCUUUACCAAAUCUCUAUUAAUCCUUGUUUUGUAGAUUUUAGUUAAGAUAUUUGCAUUUCUCCUCUAAUGUGAAAAUCACAUUUCUGUGUUAUCGGGUUUCGCCGGGCUCUCUGUUCAGCAGACAUUGCUCAACAUCUAAUUUAAUUCCUUGAGUGAAAAUCUCACGACAUUAUGCUAAGUUAGAUCCAUACGCUCGUAGUAUGAAUGGUACUCUUUUGAUAACAGGCCCGCACUCUCGUACGCUCAGAUGCAUACCUUCACCAACCCAAUACCUCUUGAGAUGUCACCUAGAUCUGUUGUGCAUUUUAAAAUAACUUGAUACAAAUCUCUCUCCUCUCUGAUCAAAUACUGUUUGUGCAAUCCUUUUUUUUCCUUGGAAAUACCAAAGAGUUUUCCUCUUACUGGACCUUGGUUUCUAGACCUACACUUGCUUGUACUUUGAAGGGUCUUUGCUAUGCUAAUGUGGCUGUGGUUGGUUAAACCCUAUUUUUAAGGGCUGAAAUAUAACACUGUUGAUUAAGACUAUACACUAAGGCUGUAAAUCCACCUGAUAACACCAAAGCAGAAAAUGCAAGUUUUUUGGAAAUCAGCUUGCAAAGAUAAUAUGACUCUUCAUGUUUAUAUCAGAUUGAACGUGUUUCAAAUUUUGACACAUGUUCCAACUCAACUGAGACAAAAUCCUGGAGAGUCCUGGAAAACAAUGCAAUUUCUUUACAGUACAGAGAGAUUUAUGAAGGGAGAACUGGAUUAUGUAAUGUUGUGUAUAGAUGCGAUAACAAUGUCAUUUGUUUGAAUUUAAAACAUAUUCCAAAUGCCGAUUCUGACGACGUUGCUUCUUCUGGGGAUGUGUUCUCUGUCACCAGACCUACCAAGUCACAAAACAAUAGGCUGAAUCACAAUGUUUAUCUACAAUAACUUCCAGGUAGAAAACAUAAAACACACAUAAAAUCAAAUGGUACUAAACUAAUGGUAAUAAACUAAUGUAAUUCGUUUUUAGACACCUAAAAGAAGCCCACCAAAAAAAUAAAUAUCAGUUUAAGUGUAUGCUAUAUUUUAAAUAUUUUCACCGCUUUACUUUACUGUCAGACAGCGAUUUGAGAUAGAGGUCAUUGAAGCCAUCAUAUUGAAGCCACCAGACUCCACUGACACAAACAGUAAUUUUACUUAGCAGAACACUGGAGUUAAUAGUCGCCGCUUUGAUCAGUUAGCAUUAGGCGUGGGAAUAACCAAAGGAUGACCAUGAUACGAUAUUAUCACGAUACUCAAGUUACAAUACAAUAUUAUUGUGCUAUGCUGAGUAUUGCGAUAAAACAUGUGGCGAUAUAUUACCUUUUCUCAACUGUAAAUUAUUUCACCAAAGGAAGUAAGUUUAAGUCUGUUCAUCUUAAUUAAGCCUUUUUUUUUUUUUUUGCAGUAGCAAGAUGUAUCUAGUGGACUGAAAAGCAAUUGCUUUUAUUAUUCUUGUAGGCUACUAAAAGUUUAAUUUCUAUUUGUAACAUUAGUAAUUUAUAUGAUAAAAAAAAUGCUCCAUGGCACGUGAUGAAAAUACCGUGAUACUUUGCUGUAUCAGUUUUUUCCCCCACCCUUAGUUAGCAUCAAAGAUAAAGCGGGGCAAAUAUACUAAAUAUAGUGUACACUCGCACUGAUAGAUUUUAUUAUGAGACUACAUUAAAUUUUGCUGCAGUUACAUCCACAGCAGUACAUACCUGAGCUUCUGUGCUGAUAGAUUUAGUUUAUCAAAGAUGAUAGCAAAGCAACACAAUACAUAACAUUGGCACAGCAGAAAUGUCAGAUAGGUUGGACCCAAGUGUUUAACUGUAUGUCUUUCAACAUUAUAGUUAUGGCUGAAAAUUACAACAGAAACCAAUAAAUAUGCCAGUUGCACAUAUCUCUACAAUUGUGUCUACCUGGAAGUGAAUGUUGUUGUUAGCAUGACAUCACAGUGAUUUGGUCUACAGGAAUGAUAAAAAACAAAAAACAAAUCUGGUUUGUCAACAACAGAGAUUAAUCAUGACAAAUAAUAAAAAUGAGUCUACAAAUGUUAGUGAGCUAAUAAGCUAAAUUUAGCAUAGCUGGCCUCCACUGGUGACAACAGUGCAGCUACUCUGCCUGUUAGCUGGCAGGGUUACGAUGAACACUUCAUCUUGCUUUCAUCAAACUCUUUGUUAAAGAGAUAGUUCACCUCCAAAUUCAAAAUGUGCAUAUCUUCCUCUUAAUUGUAGCAUAUUUAUCAGUCAAGAUUGUUUUGGUGUGAGUUGCUGAGUGUUAGAGAUAUCAACUGUAGAGUUGUCGACCUUCUCUUCAAGAUAAUGGCACUAGAUGGCACUCGGCAUAUGGUGCUCAUAAGACCAGAAACUCAACAGAAAAACUCAGCAGCAAUGUCUCUUUCCAGAAAUCAUGACCCACUUACUCAAGAUAAUCCACAGACCUUGUGUGAACAGUUUCAUGCAGGAACUAUUUACUUUCUACCAAACUACAUCCGCCAACUAUAUCACCACACAAAAGGAAGCUAGCUAACCUAACACCACUGAACAAUCUAAUGUCACAGCUCGGCCAAGGGGACCGCUAUUAUACAUCUUGUGCUGUCACAAGCAUGAGCCGAGCACAAGUCUCUCGUUUAUGAGUAGAUGCACACUUCCUUCUGCGUGGUUAUACAGUUGGCAGAUGUAGUUUGGUAGAAGGAAAAUAGUUCCUACAUGAAACUGCUUACAACAAGGUCUGUGGAUUAUCUGGAGUAACUAUGACUAUGAUUUCUGAAGAAAAAAAAAAAGACAUUGCUGUUGAGUUUUUUAAAUACAUUUUUUGGCACUUUGAGCACCACAAGCUGAGUGCCAUCUAGUUCCAUUAUAUUGGAGGGAAGGCAGACAUCUCUACAGCUGAUAUCUCAAACGUUCAACAACUCACACCAAAACAAUCUAGAUUAAAAGAUCAAACUACAAGUAACAGGAAAAAUAUGUCUUUGAUUUUGAGAUGCACUGUCCCUUUAAGGCAAGCAGGAAUAUGUUUCCAACCUGCUCAUUUUACAGCGAAAACAAUAGUUUCACUGUUUAUUGACCCAACCCAAUCGACGUGUUGUUUCCUAUCAUUUAUGACUGUGCAUAACCACAACCUCACUCACAUUUCAAGAUUCUUACCACUGCUGCAGCGUCUCACUGGACUCAAACACAGUCAAAAGGGGCUAUCUUUAAGGCCUUCAAAGUCAAAAUAAACACAGUUUUCAUAAAUGGGAAGCUUCCAGACAGGCUUAUCUGUGCUUGCAAAUGUUGCUUUCCAUUAUGUUGAACUGAUUUUUACUUUGCUCAAAUUCCUGUCUCCAGCUCAGAUGUAACUGGAGGAAUAAAGUCAACAAAAACACUACCUGUGACAGACAGCAUGGCUUUGCAACUCUCUUUUUGGCAGUAGAUCAUAUAAACAUGUCUGACUCUCCUGUGAGGUUCCUGGUUUUCAAAAAGUAGCUUCACCUGAGUUUUUGAGCAGAUCCUGUUGGACUGUAAAGUGCAGUGAGGAGGUGCAGCAGAGUGCUAAGUCUGUCAGUACAACAUAAAUCAUGUGAAACAACAUUUUUAAUAAGGUUUGGGUUGAAAAACAGUGAACACAUCAUUUGAGUUUUAUUUAAUGAUGUUGGAAUAAUAUUUUAUGACUUGAUCAUUAAAUACGACUUUAUGUCUAUGCUAAGAAGUGCUUUGCAAUUUGCAGAGGAUGGAGGCAGUCUGGAGGGAGGGAAAACACUACUUGCUUGGUCUGGAGAUGGAGAACGCUGUCUGGACAUAGAAAGUCCCCAGAUGAACGCUGUUCUUACAUUGGGGUCAUUCUCUGGAUUGUUGAGAUGGUUUGGAGAUACGGAAUUGAUGUCGUGUCAGAAUUGGAUCUCCAAAUAUUUGUUCUCAAUCAAGCUAUUAUAGUAAUACUGGAAGAAAACCCAUGUUUACUUUCAACGUUGUCCAUACUCAGUAUUAUCAGUAUUUUGUCUUAGAAUUACCUUGACUACAGAAAUUUGUAACUGUUGACUUUCAUGGAUUUAUUAUCUUUUUGUGAGAUGUAAUUUGGAUAUUGGUUUAAAGGGCUGGCCACCUCUGCUAGUACUCGUAAAAUGAUUCUAGCCCAGCUGAAUUGUUACUAGACUGUAGUCCACUAUAAUGUCAUUUUGUUUACACUACCCCCAUUUUAUGUCAAUUUGAAUUGCUGUCCUGGAAGUCACAUUAAAAUCUCUUAGUUUAAUACUGAAUAAACAAUGUGAACUCCAG